AGAAUGCACAUAUCACUUCCAACUGCAUUCUGCUCAACUGUCAAAUUUCGCUGAAAAUAAAUCCGGAGUGAAAGACAAAUUAAGGAGCCAAGAACCACACUAAAUGCUAGUUAUACUAUCUUUACAAUGCAUUGAGUUAUAUCUAAAUUAAUUAGUGAACGGAUUUUACUUGAGCCAUGGCUGUAUAUUGUUGGGGGAACACAUCACAUGGAGAACUCGGCCUGGGCGGGAUUGAGGACGAGCUUCUGCAAUGGAAGAGUGAAUUGAUGAAUAUCUUGACACCUCGGAAAAUGACAUGGUCAGAAGCACCGGGUCUGAUCCAAGCCGCAUGUGGCUGCAACCACACGGUCCUGCUGACGAAGGCCGGAAAGACGUUCUCGUGCGGCUGCAAUGAUCACGGACAACUGGGGCACGACCUGUCUAGGAAAAGGCCACGUAUGUCCAUAUUUAAACCGAUUGCUGGUCUUGAAAACUACGUAAUCACACAGAUAAGCUGCGGUAUAGCUCACUCAUUAGCCUUAAACGAAUGGGGUCAAGUGUUCAGCUGGGGAUCGGACAGCACUGGACAACUAGGAUUGGAAAAUGGGAGCCUUCAACCUCAUCCAAAAAUCAUAAAACUCUUGGCAACUAAGCACAUCGUUCAAAUCGCAAGUGGUCACAAUCAUUGCUUAGCUCUUAGCAAUAAUGGACAAUUGUUUGCAUGGGGUUUGAAUAGCUACGGUCAAUUGGGUAUUGGAAGCACAAGCGAAAAGGUGAUGAGACCGACGGAAGUGAAGUCCUUAGCGGGAAUACCAAUAGCUUUCAUUGCUUGCGGAGCAAAUCAUAGUUUUGUCAUUUCAAAAUCCGGAGCAGUCUUUGGCUGGGGUAAAAACAGUUGCGGUCAACUAGGACUAAACGACGAACAGUUUCGAUCAUAUCCAACACAACUAAAAACACUGCGUAGUUUAGGUGUUCGCUACAUUUCAUGUGGUGACGACUUUUCUGUAUUUUUAACAGUUGAUGGAGGUGUUUUUACAUGUGGCUCAGGGACUUAUGGACAAUUGGGACACGGUAUUGCUUCUAACGAAAUUCUUCCGAGAAUGGUACUGGAGUUAAUGGGGAGUACCAUAACCCAAAUCUCUUGUGGUAGCCGACAUACAUUGGCACUGGUUGCAUCGAGAGGUCGAGUAUAUGGUUUUGGUUUAGGAUGUUCAGGUCAACUAGGUGCCAGGAAUACAAAUAAUUCUUUCAUUCCACAAGUUGUUCUGGGACCUUGGGUUUCUCCCAACGGGACAUCUUUAUUGAAUGGCGAAGAAAGUCCUAGAGACGUGUCAACAAUGAGCAUAAGACGAAUAUUUUCAGGUGGCGACCAGUGCUUUGUAUCGACGACAGAAUUUUCUGAUAAUAUACCACCGGAUGACUGCCGUGUACACGAUUCAAAAACCCAAAUAUUGUGCCUGACGUCAGAAAUGACGAAAGCAUGUGCUGAAGUGCCUGCCGAAGGGUCCGUUGACCUAGAUUUACUGUCAAACAUAGAAUUAAUAUUUAAAAGCCAAGCGUGUAUAAAUGGUUCGUGUCUACUCCCGAAUGAUGAGCACUAUUGUUGUACUUCGAAGCAUCAUGGAAUUGAUAUUGCUGCUGCUGAAGAAAUAUUCAAAAACAUUCGACGAAUUGAAAAUGAGAGUUUGAAACAAAUUAUAUGGGACGGUGUCACAAAUGACCUAAUGAAAACAUUGGUGCCAUCGCCAGCGGACGUAGAAACAUUGCGAAUCUACGUCAUUUUGCCUUUAUAUCACGAGUUUGUUAAUGCUAAAAACUAUCUCAGGUUGCAUACACCAUUUUGUCAGGCUGUGUUCAAACUUUCGGCAAUACCAGGGAAAAUAGUUUCAGAAUGGUGGGCAUCACUGCCUGCCGAAUUUUUCGAGGGCCUUGUAACAAACUACAAAAGUGUCGUGCUGUAUAUAAUAAACUUCAACUUUGCCAAAAAGAGAGAGGACGAUAAAAGGAUUUUAGUUUACGAACCUAAUUUGACUCUAGCUCUCAACUUCCUGCUUUAUUUACAUCGAAUAAACCAUUUGCAGCGGAAAGACAGGGUGUCCUACGGUAUUUUUUAUAUGCCAGAGCUCAUGGACUUUGUAGAUAUCCAGCAAGAUUAUGUGCAAUGGAUAAUGGAUAAAAACCCACAUACAUUCCAUUUGUGCAAUUAUCCGUUCCUGUUCAAUGCGGAAGCAAAGACAUUACUGCUCCAAACUGACCAAGCAAUUCAAAUGCAGAGCGCAAUGCAGAAUGCCGCCACUCAAGGACUAUACUACAUGUUUACGGGUGCACCUGUCGCAAUUUCACAAUUUGUGGUACUGAAUGUAACGCGGGAGAAUCUUGUUCAAGACACCUUCCGUGAGAUCUCACACUACGGUGCAAGUGAUUUGAAGAAGCCACUCAAAGUGAAAUUCCACGGGGAGGAGGCUGAAGAUGCUGGCGGAGUUCGUAAGGAAUUUUUCAUGUUGCUGUUGAAAGAUAUUCUGGAUCCAAAGUAUGGAAUGUUCAAAGAAUUUGAAGACUCACGAGCUAUAUGGUUCUCCGAUCAUUCAUUUGAGAGUGUAGAAAUGUAUUAUCUGAUAGGCGUGAUCUGUGGCCUGGCUAUAUAUAAUUUUACGAUAAUACAUUUGCCAUUCCCACUUGCGCUUUAUAAGAAGUUACUUAAGGAACCGGUGGAUUUGGAUGAUCUGAUAGAUCUGUCGCCAGUUCUAGCGAACUCGUUGAAAAAUAUAUUAGAAUAUAAUGGUGAAGAUGUCCAAGAUGUUUUCGGCCUAAACUUUGAAGUAACUCGGGAUAUUUUCGGGGAAUCACAUGUGGUUGAGUUAAAACCGAAUGGGAGUGAGAUCCCAGUAACACGUGACAAUAGAAAAGAGUUCGUAGAUCUUUACAUAGAUUUCAUAUUCAACAAGUCCGUGGAGAAGCAGUUCCAGGCAUUCCACGACGGAUUUAUGAAGGUGUGCGGCGGGCGAGUGCUAGAGCUAUUCAAACCACAUGAGCUGAUGGCAGUGGUAAUUGGUAAUGAAGAUUACGAUUGGUAUGCAUUAGAAGCAGAAGCAGAAUAUAAGAAUGGAUACACAUCUGGUGAUCAGACGAUACGAUGGUUUUGGGAAGUAUUCCACGAGCUCCCUUUGGCUGAGAAGAAAAAGUUUUUGCUCUACUUGACGGGCAGCGAUCGUAUCCCUAUACAAGGGAUGAAAGCAAUCAAGAUUACAAUACAACCGACGAAUGACGACAAAUUCCUGCCCGUUGCUCAUACAUGUUUCAACCUUUUAGAUUUGCCGCGAUACAAAACAAAAGAAAGAUUAAAGUACAAAGUGCUGCAAGCAAUACAACAAACUCAUGGUUUUAGUCUUGUCUAAAUGUUGCAUCUAACAAUAAAGAAGUUAUAGUAGAAGAGCAUUUUUAGAGAUUGCAUUUGGUUCCUUAUGAUAUUAGGAUAAAACAGAAAAAUCGGAAAAGAGGGGACAAACAGCUUUGCGACCUUGACAGACUCUGAACUCAAGUUUGAAUUAUUUUUAUGAUGUUUACAUCAUAGUUGAUACUAUAAUUUGUUAUCUUUCACACCCAUACCAUGUAAGAAAUGCGUGUUAAUAAAUGUUUGCUUAUAUACAGGUCA